AAAAAAAUACAUUAUAUAUGAUGUCGACUAAUAAAGAUAAAAAAAGAAUGUUACUAAAUACACUAGCACCAGAAAUCAUUUACAAUAUAAUGUAUUUUAUGACUUAUCCUGAAAUAUAUCGUUUUCGUAGUGUUUGUAGAAAAUUAAAGGUUAUGUGUGAAUAUUAUAUAUUUCAAGAGAUCAAGUCAUCAGGUCAAACUAUUAUUAUAAAACUAGAUGGAGGAAAAGGAAAGGAGACAUCGUUAGAACUUUUACCUAGUCAAUAUGAUGAAAAGAAUUGUGUAAUUGAAUUCAGACCACUUCAAAAUCAUUCUAGUCUCUCCUUAGCUAACACUUCUUCUCAACAAUGCAGUGCUUACCAUCGACUUUUAAAAAUUCAUUUCUCUGGAUGGUUCAACAAAAGGCCAAGUAAAAAAGAAUCGAUGGUAUUUAAGAAGCUAAGUCCACAAGAUCAAGCCAUGAUAUUAUAUCAUUUAUAUUAUAAUUCAUCAAUUGAAAGAACUUAUGAAUUACCUUCUUGGAAUACAAAUAGUACAACAGACUACCGUUAUUUAGGAGAUGAAAAUCUAAUCUUAUCUUUGUCAUAUCAAAAUACAUCGCCUUUUAUCAAUAAUAAUACGUUAUUAGUACCGCAACUGUCUACUGAAUCCACACCAUUAUUACCUACUUCUUAUUAUAGCUAUCGACCAUCAGCAUCUAUUAUACCUAUUGCGCCUAGAAUGGAGAUUCAAUGGGUCCGUGUGACAUUGGAUUGGGUACUGGCAGGUCUACAGUCCAAUAUUCCAAGUAGUCGAAUCUAUAAAGAAAGAUUUGAACAACUUGAUCAAUUAUUAGUUAAAGAAGGAUGUUUUAAAUAUGAUCCCUUAUCAGAGCCUAUUUUGAAUUAUAUUGUUACUCAUGAACAAAAUGAAAACAACUUACCAGAGUCACUUAUUAAUUAUGUUCAUGCUCAUACACAUGAAUGUCAUACUCGAUUAUCUCGUUUACAACACAUGUUAGAGGGAGCUGGAGUAGAUGCUCGUGUACUUUGGAAAUAUACCUUUGCUAAAUUAUUUGUUGUUGGUAAUGGAAGUCUAUUAGUAGAGGAAGAUGUUGUACGUCGUAUUCAAGAUUCAGAAGAAGAAUGGAGACAAAAGAAAAUGAGUUUAUCUCGGAAAUUUAAUAGUAAUAUUAUUACAACUACUACUUGAACAUACAUAUUUAUUUAUUGCAUUCUUUUACUUAUCUGAUAAUAUAUAUACAUAUAUAU